CUCUUUCAGUUCUUUACCUUCUUCUUCAACCAUCUUCACACACACAACUUUUUUAUAAACUCAAACAAACCCUAUUUCCCUCUCUCUCUUUCUCUAACACUUUUCAAAUCUUCAAAGAAAGAAAAUUCCAAUUUUGAUCAACGAACCGGCCCGCAAGCAGAGGCAGAGCAUAUCCGGCCCCCAUGGAGGACUACAACAACAACAAUGAUGAUGAUCAACAACAGAUUAUAAAGAUAGAAGAUACUAGCACUAUCACUGAUGGCGGCGGCGGAGGCGACGGUGGUGGUCGUGGUGGUGGUGAUGGUGGGGUUUUCUCAUUUUCCGAUAACAUAAUACCAAAUGGAUUGUUUGAUUUUUGUGAUGGUGAUAAAUGCUCUGUUGGGUUUAUGGAGUUGCUUGGUCUUAAUUACAAUUCUGAAUUUACUGAGGCUUUUAAUAAUCCUCCAGCCACCCCCAAUUGUUCGUCCUCCGUCUCCUCCGCCUCUAGCGACGCUCUUAACGACGACGAACCACCACCACCACCACCACAACAACAACAACAACAACACAGCCCCACUAAACAAUUGAAAGGGAUAAAAAAGAGGAAGGAGAAGGAGAAGGAGAAGAAAGCAAGAUUCGCAUUCAUGACAAAGAGUGAAGUUGAUCAUCUAGAAGAUGGUUAUCGAUGGAGAAAGUACGGCCAAAAAGCUGUCAAAAACAGCCCUUUUCCUAGAAGUUAUUACCGUUGCACGAGUGCAGCAUGUAAUGUAAAGAAGAGAGUUGAACGAUCUUUUGCUGAUCCAACUGUAGUGGUGACCACCUAUGAAGGCCAACACACUCACCCAAGCCCUAUCCUUAGCCGGUCCGCCCUAGCCGUCGCCAUUCCACCUCCCUCUUUCAUCCCUGGGGCGGGCGGAGAGUGUGUUGGGGGCGUUGUAGCCAUGCCAUGGCUCAAACCUAGCAACAAUGAUGCUCAUGAUGGUAACACGGUUCCAGCAAUGUCUCAUCAAUACUUUCAAAACUCGACCUACAUCACUGCCCAAAAUGUAGCCGCCAACUAUAACCGAAACAACCACAUCGGAGCAGCGAACGCGGCCGGAAUCCUCCAGGAGAAACGGUUUUGUAACCCAAAUUCUAGUUUUCUUGUAGACCAUGGCCUGCUUCAAGAUGUUGUUCCUCCCCACAUGCUGAAACAGGAGUAAAAAUAUACUAUAUAUUCUCAUAUAUUACAUUAUAUAGACAUAUAGAUAUAAAUAUAUACUAUAUAUAUAUAUAUAUUAGUUUAAGUUGGAAAAGAAAACUAAAUUGGUGUUUUUGUUUGAAUUUUAGCCUAGAGAACUGACUUGUGUUGUUCAUAGAAGAUGUUAGAGGGAACAAACAAAAAUUAUGAAAUUGAAAUUUGUUGCUGACAAAGUUUAAUUUGGUGAUCUUUUCCCUCUCUUGAGGAAAAAAGAGAUCGAUUUUCCGUAUGUUGAAACUUUGGUUACAAGUUCGAUGGGUCUUCUAACUUAAUUGUAUUAUUAUUCUUUUUAUUUUUGUUUAUGAGGUUAUCAGAAAGAGAAAGAUUGAUAAUUAAGAGCAUGUGAGAGAAGAAAGAGGAGGAGGGUUUUGUUGGUUCUAUUAAAUGAUGUUUCUGACCACUCUCUUUUGCCCC